AUGAAGCUUACUUUGUUUUCGUUGAUGUGCACAGUACUCUUUUCGAUGGCAAUGCCGAUUUAUCCUCCAUCCAGUCAGCAGAGCAAAACACUCUCGGAAAGUCCAGAUUCCACUGACCAAUCUUCCAGCAUAGCUCCAGGUCCAAUAGGUGAACCUAAAAAACAAUCGCCGUACAAUGCGGGUGCUGAUUCAAAACAAGUAUCUUCGUGGGCAGACGGUCUAACACACCGAGUUGAUCGAGGCAUCAAUUCCGCUCAGGAGCUCUUGGAUAAACUCGAGCGUGACCUUGAGAGAAUGACUCGGACCAUGGAUCAAGAAAUAGAAGCUGAAGAGUCUAGUCUCAAAGGCUAUGGAUUAGGAUGGUUGAAUUCCAAGUCUGAAGAUGAAGAAACUGAUGUGCUUGUGGACAAACAGGCUUGA